AUGAUGAACCCUUGCGCGGCCGCUUUCACGCCGGGUCCAUCCUCACCCGAGCCCGGUCUCGAAGACGACAGCCACAACGAAGAGAAACCCGGGCAAAUUCCCACCUGUCCUAGGUCAUGGCGAAGGAAGGAGAACGCUCGGCCUUUGGGGCCUGAUGCUCUAGACCCAGACAACUACGAUGCCAUGUUCCCUUCUCUAUCAACCUCGAAUCCAAAUACCAUUCCUUCAUCUGGCCAUUCCAGCCAACCAUCUUGCAAAAAGAAUCGCAAGAAAAGAAAAGCUCAGAGACUCAGUACGGAAAAUGAUGAUGUCAACAACGCGACCCCAGCCGCAAGCCCCGAGGUCCCGGGAUCACCAGCAUCCAGUAAGGCUGAACAGAGAACGGAUGACCAUCCUACAAUCGAGAGGAAGGGUUCGGAAAUGCCAAAACCGGAACGAUCCAACCCUAUAAUUCACACGCCGCCGGGAUCCUCUUCCGCUGAACAAGACCAAGGCAAUAUUUCCAAGCCUCCAUCCCCACCGCCUCCCUGUGUACCAAGGCCCGGGAGUAUGGAGUUGGUACGAAUAACUCCUCACAUGCCGCCCACGCCACAACCGGACUAUGAGAUGCCAAUUCAAAACGACUCGUCGCUGGUGACUUACUCAGCUGGGCCACUUCCCCCCCAAAACGUCAUCCUCCCACAGCCUCUACCGCUACCCGAACCACAAUUCUUCUCCAACGCCAUGGCGCCUACUGCCAUGACCCCAGCACCAGGACCACCCGCCCCGGUCUACUACUAUCCACCGCCGUAUUUGCCGUAUCCCACUGUCUAUGUGACGAUGCCGCCCGUUACGUGGCAGCCGGCGCUUGCUCAACCAAGCCCGGUCUGGCCGGUCCCUCCUGCCCAGCACCCAGUCUCUUGGCCCCAGCCUUUACAAGGGACAAGUGUUUCAGGACUUCAAGUCCAACCAAGGUUAAGCUCACGCGAGACAUCUCGCCGCCUCAGAGGAUCCCGAGGGUCGUCUCAGCUCAAGCGUCAGUCGAUGGACUACAAACGGACUCAGCUGGGCAACCUGCUUGGGAUUCCACGACCCGCAUCGACCGCUGGCCAUAAGACCCAAGUGGAAGUCUUGAAGUCAAAAUAUCGAGCGAAAUCUUCUAGCCCAAGAAGACUCGCAUCGAAAUAUCAAGUGAUUGACAACCUGGGAGACCAGAGUCUAGAACACUUCAGUCAACAUCCAACAACAGCAGGACUCAAAGUCACCGGCGAGCACAAGGGGCCAAAUGGCACGAAUGUCAACGAGCAAGUGUUUGGGGAACAUCUCCUACAAAAUUCUGUGGGCGAGGAAGUCUUCAAAGGGACCCCCGGGUUAGAUGUUGGUCAGGCAAACCGGCGUGGCCGAACGAGGUCGGUAGUUGGUGUCGAGGAUCACAAGGCCGGCCAACCGGAGUUUGGUAUCUCAAAAGAUCAGUAUUCACGUAAUACGCCACCUUCUACCGAAAAAUCGGCUCACAUUCCCCUCAGUGGUCCACCGACAAAUGCUCCCAGGGCGCCAGCAUCUCAGCGGCGAGUUACCCAGGGGUCAAUCACAGUUCCUCAGCAGCCGUCAGGUAGCAGUCCAGCUGAGAAUGGGGGUUGGUCCCAGUCAAAGAGAUGGAUGAGCGAAGAGACCAAGGAAAGAGUAGCGUUCCAGAAGAUGCUGAUCAAUCUACAUUACAUGAGCGCUGACAAGUCGCCAUUUGUUCCGCAGAGUCCAGCAGAAUUGACGGCUUUCAAACUCGAAGCAGCCGAGUCUAAGAAACUCAAACUCAUGCAGGAAGUAGACAAGCGACUCGCCAAGGCUGACAGCAAAAGCCUCGGGGAUCAGAAAGGGAAGAAGGCCCGAUUGCCUGCUCAGCUCCUGGGAGGAAAGAUGCUCCGAGACAAGUUGUCGCCAGUCUUUUCCGCAGUACAUUGCUUUAACAAGGAAUUUCCAACUGAAGACGAGCUUCGGGUCGAUUGGCCGUCCCUGGCUGAGCUGAAGGAAGAGGGCGACAAGCGCGCCAGUCGCUAUGGCCGCUACUUUCCUCUCCCGCGACUCAACGUGAUUGCAACAAGGUUUUCUGGGGAAGACCGGGAGAAGGCGUACAAUCCGGAUGGGUCAAUUCGCUGGGAGAAAAAGGCAGUGAAACUGGGAGCACGCGAGAUCAUACCCGUGAAUGCUGACUCUGAAGCAUACACCAUCACACCGGUAGUAGAACUGCGGGCAGAGGAGCUCCCAAUUCCACUUCAAAUGAUCAUCAAAUACAUCGACGGUUCCCAAGAGGAUCAUAAUAGCCCCCAGGAGAAGGAUAAAGAUCAGGAGGGAAAGUAACAUGCGCAAGAUUUUAGCUUGGAGGGUGACGCGAGUUUAGGAAAUGCUUUGGUUGACUAUUUUGAGGGAUUGCAUGGAAUAGGAUCUGGGCAGCAGAAAGAGGCGCUUUCAUGAGCACUUUGGGCUGCCAUCGAGACAUUAAGCAAUGGGUUACUGGUUUUGGGGGAAGAGGCAUAGCUUAGUGAGUUCGUGACCUAGUCCCUCGAUAUCAAGGAAGUUCAGCAGAUGCCAGAUGCACCUGCGUGUAAGAAAGUCACAAUAAUUUUCUCAUCAACUUACGCACAAUGGAACACCUUGAUCGACAUGAGUCCAAAACGAGGCAAUAUCAUUAGACAGACAGGGCCCAAGAUUGGAUCACAAUCCAAUAGACAUGAUCUGCAGCU